AUGGACACUUCCUCUGUACAAUAUCUCUUCAAAGAGCGUAAAUUCCCCUUCAUUUUCGUUCUCUCACUUCUGCUUAUAACAGUCACCGUUUUUGUCUUCACUGCCACCACCGGCCCCUCCUCCUCCAUCAUCUCUUACUACUUUCAACAACCACCUCUCGUUAGAAACGCCACCGUUUCAAAAACCAUCACUCAAACACAACCACCACCGCCACCACUUCAGUCAGAAGACGCAGCCGUUUCGAAAACCAUCACUCAGACACAAACACCACCACCUCCGUCGGAGAACGCUGCCGUUUCGAAGACCGUCACUGAAACAGAAACACCACCACCACCACUUCCGUCCGAUAACGCCUCCGUUUCAACAGUCGUCACUAACGCCUCCACUCCCUUUACUGACAAGACCGCAAAUGACGAUUAUAAUUCCGGCGAUGUUACCCUCGGUCAAUCGGAUUUGGAUUUAAUAAAAUGGAACACUUGUGCGCCGGAGGCGGUGGAUUAUAUACCGUGUUUGGAUAAUUAUGAAGCGAUUAAACAGUUGCAGUCAAGGAAACGAAUGGAGAAACAUGAGCGACAUUGCCCGAGCCCGAGUCCGAGGUGUUUGGUGCCGUUACCGUACGGUUAUAGGCUGCCGGUUCCGUGGCCAAAGAGUAGGGACAUGAUUUGGUACAACAAUGUUCCACACCCUAAGCUCGUUGAUUACAAGAAAGACCAAAAUUGGGUGCGCAAGUCUGGUGAUUAUUUUGUUUUUCCUGGCGGUGGUACUCAAUUCAAGCAAGGAGUUACUAGCUACAUUGACUUUAUACAACAGACUUUAUCAACUAUUGAAUGGGGGAAGCAUGUACGAGUCGUUUUAGAUGUUGGUUGUGGUGUUGCUAGCUUUGGUGGCUAUUUGCUGGACAAAGAUGUCAUUACCAUGUCAUUUGCCCCAAAGGAUGAGCAUGAUGCACAGAUACAAUUUGCUCUAGAGCGUGGCAUUCCUGCCACACUUUCUGUCAUUGGAACACAAAAGCUACCAUUUCCAGAUGAUGCAUAUGAUUUGAUUCAUUGUGCACGAUGCAGAGUUCAUUGGUAUGGAGAUGGUGGAUUACCACUAAUAGAGAUGAACAGAAUUCUUAGGCCUGGAGGUUUUUUUGUUUGGUCUGCUACACCAGUUUAUCGUCACGACGAAAAACAUCGUAAUGUUUGGAAUGCUGUGGUAGCUCUGACAGAAUCUAUGUGCUGGAAGGCUGUGGCUAGGGGUGUUGACUCAAAUAGAAUUGGACUUGUAGUAUUUCAGAAGCCUGUCUCAUAUUCCUGCUAUGAGAAACGGAAAGAAAAUAACCCACCUUUAUGUGAUAAAAAAGAUGGAUUGAAUAGUUCAUGGUAUGUGCCCAUUAGUAAUUGCCUUCCCAGACUUCCAGUUGAUGGCAAGGGAAACUUGUUCAGCUGGCCUGAACCCUGGCCCCAAAGGCUUAGAAGCAAAUCUCCAAGACUUUCAACUAAACUAAAUGCUGAGGAAAUAUAUAACAAGGAUAGUACACAUUGGUCAGCACUUGUGUCAGAAGUUUAUCUGCAGGGCUUAGCUAUAAAUUGGUCAAGUGUACGGAAUGUGAUGGACAUGAAUGCCAGUUAUGGAGGAUUUGCUGUCGCACUAAUUGAUCAACCCCUUUGGGUGAUGAAUGUUGUCCCUAUUGAUGCACAAGAUACUCUAUCCAUUAUCUUUGAUCGAGGAUUGAUUGGGAUCUAUCAUGACUGGUGCGAGUCCUUUAGCAUCUACCCUCGAACAUAUGAUCUACUGCAUUCCAGUUUUCUCUUCAAAUCUCUAAUUCAAAGAUGUGACAUUAUCGAUGUAGCUGCAGAGAUGGAUCGAAUAUUGAGACCAGGUGGAUACGUUCUGGUUCAAGACACCGUGGACAUGAUUAACAAGCUUAGGCCAAUUCUCCAAUCACUUCAUUGGUCAAUAAAUGUUUAUCAAGACCAAUUUCUUGUUGCUAAGAAGGGUUUCUGGCGUCCAACUGAUGACGAUACCAAAACGUGAAAGGCUUCACGACAUUACUCAUGGGUCCCUGAUAAUCCUUAAACACGUUGAAGAAAAACUGCAGUGAAAUUAUUCCCUUUUCCUAUAAUGGUGAGAAUUUGCAAUUGCAAUAUCUAAAUUUGUGAUAUGCUUUCCCCCUAAUCUUUUGCGUAUUAGUGUAUAUCCUACGGACAAAUCAUAUGAAGAAAUAACAAAAACACUUGUGAGAUUAAAGACAAUGAAUAGAUAGGUGAAUUCAAGUGGGUUGAGUUUGUGUGAUAAUAGAAGCUUUUCGUUUAAUUUUUAGCAA